UCAUUCUCUUCUAUAGUAAUAUGCUAGUGAAGUUGCUGCCUAGAAGUGCUGUGGUUUCCGCGGCGAAAAGGGAUGUUCAUUCUGGUUUGGUGGCAGCUAAUGCUAAGGAGAAUUCCGUAUUGAAGUUAUCUACUGUCGAGCUUGUGUCAAAGUUGCUUGACCGAAGAUGGGCGUUGAGGAUCCCAGACGCUCAAAUUCACCAAGUUAUGGUAUGUGGGAGUGGAAGAUUUAAACAGCAGGGCAGUGAAGUAUUGGAGUUUAGAAAUAAUUCAGGACCGUCUCUGGGGGAUGGUAUGGCGGCGAGGAACCUCAGGCAGCCAGUAUUUUAUGUUGUGAGGGAUGAUUUGCUGCAUCCUUUGGUGAAUGGUAACAAGGCUCGCAAGUUGGAUGCUUUGCUUCCUUUUCUGGAGGAUAACUCGGUGACUGAUGUGGUUACUUGUGGAGGCUGUCAAAGUGCGCAUGCUGCAGCUGUUGCUGUUUCAUGUGCCGAACGGGGACUGAAGACGCAUCUGCUUCUUCGAGGGGAACAGCCUGAAAUUCUAACCGGUUAUACUCUGAUUUCCACACUUCAUGGAAACAUAAAUUACGUUGAAAGAUCUUUAUAUGCCAGAAGGGAUGAAAUUCUUUCAAGGCACGCUAAUAUGAUAGCUGGCAGUAAUGGAUCUGUCCGGUGGCUUAGUGAUUUGCUGGAGCCUGCCUCCGUCUAUCAUGUGCCUCCGAAGCAGAUCGUUUCUCAACUAGAUGGCUCUAGCAACACCAUGAAUAAGAAGGUUAUCAUCAUCAACGAAGGUGCGGGCGAUGCUGUAGCCUUGUUAGGUGUCAUACGGCUCGUGCAGUAUUUAUCCCAGGAUCAUUUAUUUGGAAAAGUUCAGGCUGUCAAGAUUAUUGUAGAUGCAGGAACAGGGACGACUGCAGUUGGCCUGGGACUGGGAGCUUUGUGUUUAGGGCUCCCAUGGGAAGUGCAUGCCGUGAUGCUUGCGGAUAGUGUUGAAGGAUACAGAAAAAAAGAGCAAAGUUUGAUUUCUGAAUUUCGUAAAAUGUGUGAAUCCCCAGAAAUUGACCUUAGAUUGAACGGAGCAAAGUAUGAAGUCGUGCAUUGGGUUGAACGCAAUCGUCCAAGAAAAUUUGGCAAUGUAUUGAAAGGAGAAGUUGAAGAAUGCCAAAGAAUUGCCCAACAGACUGGAAUUUUAGUUGAUCCCAUCUACACAUUAGCUGCUUGGGAACUAGCCGCCCAACUGAGUCAGGAGCAAGGAGCGAGUGCAGGCGUGGCGAUGCUUCACACAGGAGGCACGCUAGGAAUAUUUGGGCUGGCACAGAGGUAUAAACCUCACUUCCAAAAUCUGAAAGCUCAUUAGGAUGGCAAUUGAUUUGUAACUCUUUCGUAGGUCUGAUUAGACUGGAUAUUUUUCUGUAACAUGCUCUGCUGUUUGGUGGUUUUAUUGGGAAAAAUUGUAGAAUUACGGCA